ACUUGUUCAUCCUUUCUCUUCCUCUUUUCGCUGCUGCUCUCUAUUAUAUCUAUUGUGCAUGUAAACCCAUUAGAAGUUCCAAAACAAACAAUGAAAAGCUUCUUCCUCUCCCACCAGGACCCAAAAGCUGGCCUCUCAUCGGUGACAACCUUCACUAUCUUUUGGCAUCUAAAAAUGGUACUCAGGAAAAAUACAUCGCAGAAAGGUCCAACAACUACUCUUCCAAGAUCUUCAAGACCAAGCUGUUUAACGAAAACAUGCUCAUCUUCUGCUCAGCCGAGGGAAACAAGUUGGUAUUCUCCAACGAGAAUAAGCUUGUCAAGUCAUGGUUUCCAAAAACCAUGGAGAAAAUCUUUGCAACCACACACGAUAAUAAUGGGUUCGCAAUAAGAGACCACAUAAAAGUGUUUCGCAAAGUCAUCUCCCAGUUUCUGAAGCCGGACUCACUGCAAAAGUACAUACAUAUAAUCAAUGAUGAGACGCAAAAGCACUUGAAGACGUACUGGCAUGGCAAAGACCAAGUAACGGUGCACCCCCUUUUGGUUAACUACACCAUCGGAUUGGGAUUUAGACUAUUUUUAAACAUGGAGGUCGAACCGAAAGAAAAAGCCACACUUGGUCGAAAUUUUCUUCGAGUUUCUGCCGGUCUAUAUCCAUUACAUCCUUUCAAUCUUCCCGGAACGAAACUUAACGUGGCCAUCAAAAGCGCAAGGCAGAUCACCAAACUUGUUGAGAAGAUGAUAAAGCAGAGGAGGAAGGAUCUUUUGGAAAACAAGGCUCCCACUGAGCCUGCUCAUGACCUUUUAUCCCACUUGCUCAUGGAGACCAAUACCCAAGGCACCAUAUUCGAAAACGACUAUGACAUUGCCAAGAAACUGUAUGGUCUGGUAAAUGCUGGGUAUGAAAAUCCAAGCGCCUUGGUUUCUUCUAUUAUGGCGUAUCUUGCAGAUCUUCCUCAAGUUUGCGAUCGGGUUCGUCAAGAGCAAAUGGAGAUUGCAAAUUCAAAAGCACCAGGAGAGCCGUUGAACUGGGGGGAUAUACAAAAGAUGAAGUAUUCUUGGAAUGUGGCAUGUGAGGUUAUGAGAUUGGCUCCGCCCAUUCCAGGAGAUUUCAGAGAAGUCCUUACGGACUUCGUCUAUGAAGGAUUUCUUAUCCCAAAGGGAUUCAAGAUACAAUUGAACGCCUUUGCAACACAUAAAAACCCAAAAUACUUUCCGGAUCCAGAAAAAUUUGACCCAUCUAGGUUUGAAGGACAAGGGCCAGUUCCGUAUUCAUAUAUCCCAUUUGGAGGAGGGCCUCGAAUGUGUCCUGGAAUAGAGUAUGCUCGUCUGAGUAUACUGGUUUUCAUGCAUCAGAUAGUCAAAACUUUUAAAUGGGAAAAGAUAAUCCCUGAUGAGAAAAUUACUGCAAAUCCAAUUUCAGCUCCCAGCAAGGGCCUUCCUAUUCGCCUUUAUCCGAUCAAUCAAAGUCAUUACUAAUUGGCUUCGUUAUUGUCAACUUAAUUAAUUAUGCACCAUGUCAUCACUUUGU